CUUCUGGGCUCACGCUCCUCCUCCUUCUCCUCCUCCUCCUCCUCCUGCUCCCCACCUCCCCACCCCCCAGCCCGCGGCGGCCCGGUACUAACGUGUGGUCGCGCCAACAAGCCGUCCGUUCCUCGCGCUCCUGGGACGGCCGUAGUGGGUGCUCGUGGCGCGUGGCUCCAGCUAUGGCGAUGGAUCAAGUGAACGCGUUGUGCGAGGAGCUGGUGAAAGCUGUGACGGUUAUGAUGGACCCCAGCUCCACCCAGCGCUACCGGCUGGAAGCCCUCAAGUUUUGUGAAGAGUUUAAAGAAAAGUGCCCGAUCUGUGUACCCUGUGGCUUGAGGUUGGCUGAGAAAACCCAAAUCGCCAUCGUCAGACAUUUUGGUCUUCAGAUUCUGGAACAUGUUGUCAAGUUUCGGUGGAACAGCAUGUCUCGGCUGGAGAAAGUCUACCUAAAGAAUAGUGUUAUGGAGCUGAUUGCAAAUGGAACCUUGAGCAUUUUGGAAGAGGAGAACCAUAUUAAAGAUGUUCUUUCUCGAAUCGUGGUCGAGAUGACCAAGCGGGAGUGGCCACAGCACUGGCCUGACAUGCUCAUGGAGUUGGAUGCUCUCUCCAGGCAGGGGGAAACACAGACAGAAUUAGUGAUGUUCAUCCUUUUGCGACUGGCAGAGGACGUAGUGACCUUUCAGACACUUCCCCCUCAAAGAAGAAGAGAUAUUCAGCAAACAUUAACCCAGAACAUGGAAAGGAUCUUCAGUUUUCUACUUAACACACUACAGGAAAAUGUAAAUAAGUACCGGCAAAUGAAGACUGAUACUUCUCAGGAGUCAAAGGCUCAAGCGAACUGUCGAGUAGGACUUGCAGCCCUGAAUACUCUAGCUGGCUACAUUGACUGGGUGUCUAUGAGUCACAUUACUGCUGAAAACUGUAAACUCCUGGAGAUUCUGUGCCUGCUUCUGAAUGAACAGGAACUUCAGUUAGGAGCAGCUGAAUGUCUACUCAUUGCAGUCAGCAGAAAAGGCAAGCUGGAAGACCGGAAGCCCUUGAUGGUCCUAUUUGGAGAUGUUGCCAUGCAUUGUAUACUCUCUGCUGCCCAGACUGCUGAUGGAGGGGGCUUGGUAGAAAAACACUAUGUCUUCCUGAAGAGACUCUGUCAGGUGUUAUGUGCACUGGGCAAUCAGCUGUGCGCAUUGCUGGGCGUAGAUUCUGAUGCAGAAACACCAGUGAACUUUGGAAAAUAUCUGGAAUCUUUUCUUGCUUUCACAACCCACCCAAGUCAGUUUCUACGCUCUUCAACUCAAAUGACCUGGGGAGCCCUCUUCAGGCAUGAGAUCCUAUCUCGUGAUCCUUUGCUGUUAGCAAUAAUACCAAAAUAUCUUCGUGCAUCUAUGACUAACUUGGUCAAGAUGGGCUUUCCUUCUAAGACAGACAGUCCCAGCUGUGAAUAUUCUCGAUUUGAUUUUGAUAGUGACGAGGACUUCAAUGCUUUCUUCAACUCCUCCCGAGCCCAGCAAGGAGAGGUGAUGAGGUUGGCCUGUCGUUUGGAUCCCAAGACUAGCUUCCAGAUGGCUGGGGAGUGGCUAAAGUACCAGCUGUCAGCAUCUGUUGAUGCUGGAUCUAUGAAUUCCUGUUCUACAGCUGGAAGUGGAGAGGGAGGCCUCUGCUCCAUCUUUUCACCUUCAUUUGUGCAGUGGGAAGCCAUGACUUUUUUUUUGGAGAGUGUGAUCAACCAGAUGUUUCGAACACUAGAGAAAGAAGGAAUCCCGGUGAGUGAUGGGAUCGAGCUGUUGCACAUGGUCCUGGACUUUGACGUGAAGGAUCCGCUCAUCUUGUCUUGCGUCCUCACUAAUGUCUCCGCACUCUUUCCAUUUGUAACCUACAAGCCAGAGUUCCUACCCCGAGUCUUCUCUAAGCUAUUUUCAUCUGUCACUUUUGAAACUAUUGAAGAAAGCAAGGCACCCAGAACCCGGGCAGUGAGGAAUGUGAGGAGACAUGCAUGUUCCUCCAUCAUUAAGAUGUGUCGUGACUACCCAGACCUUGUACUGCCUAAUUUUGACAUGCUCUAUACCCAUGUGAAACAACUCCUCUCCAAUGAGGUACUCCUGACCCAAAUGGAGAAAUGUGCCCUCCUGGAAGCCCUGGUUCUCAUCAGCAACCAAUUCAAGAACUACGAGCGGCAGAAGUUGUUCCUAGAGGAGCUGAUGGCACCAGUGGCCAGUAUCUGGCUUUCUGAAGAGAUGCGCAGAGUGCUGUCAGAUGUCCCUGCUUUCAUUGCCUAUGUGGGUGCAGAUCUGAAAAGCUGCGACCCGGCCCUGGAGGAUCCCUGUGGCUUGAACCGUGCACGAAUGAGUUUUUGUGUGUAUAGCAUUCUGGGUGUUAUGAAACGAACUUGCUGGCCUGCUGACCUAGAAGAGGCGAAAGCUGGGGGAUUUGUGGUGGGUUAUACUCCCAGUGGCAAUCCAAUCUUCCGUAACCCCUGCACAGAGCAGAUUCUAAAACUUCUUGACAAUUUGCUUGCCCUUAUAAGAACCCACAAUACUUUAUAUGCACCGGAAAUGCUAGCCAAAAUGGCAGAGCCAUUCGCUAAGGCUCUGGAUAUGCUUGAAGCCGAAAAAUCUGUUAUAUUGGGAUUACCUCAGCCUCUCUUGGAACUCAAUGACUAUCCUGUCUACAAAACAAUCUUGGAAAGAAUGCAGCGUUUCUUCAGCACCCUCUAUGAAAACUGUUUCCAUAUCCUAGGGAAGGCAGGCCCUUCCAUGCAGCAAGACUUCUACACUGUGGAGGACCUAGCUACGCAGCUCCUCGGCUCAGCCUUUGUCAACUUAAACAAUAUUCCUGACUACCGCCUCAGACCCAUGCUUCGGGUCUUUGUGAAGCCUCUGGUGCUCUUCUGCCCACCAGAGCAUUACGAAGCCCUGGUGUCUCCCAUCCUCGGACCUCUUUUCACCUACCUCCACAUGAGGCUUUCCCAGAAAUGGCAAGUCAUCAACCAGAGGAGCCUGCUGUGUGGAGAAGAUGAGACUGCAGAGGAAAACCCAGAGUCUCAAGAGAUGCUGGAGGAACAACUGGUGAGGAUGUUAACCCGAGAAGUCAUGGACCUGAUCACGGUUUGUUGUGUAUCAAAGAAGAGUGCCGACCACAGUAGUGCUCCCCCUGCAGAUGGAGAUGAUGAAGAGAUGAUGGCCACAGAGGUAACCCCUUCAGCUAUGGCAGAGCUUACAGAUCUGGGCAAAUGUCUGAUGAAGCAUGAGGAUGUUUGCACUGCAUUGCUAAUUACAGCCUUCAAUUCACUGGCCUGGAAGGAUACUCUGUCUUGCCAGAGGACCACCACACAGCUCUGCUGGCCUCUCCUCAAACAAGUGCUGUCAGGGACACUGCUCGCAGAUGCUGUCACAUGGCUUUUCACCAGUGUAUUGAAAGGUUUACAGAUGCACGGGCAGCACGACGGGUGCAUGGCUUCCCUGGUCAACUUGGCCUUCCAAAUAUACGAGGCACUGCGCCCCCGGUACUUGGAGAUAAGAGCUGUGAUGGAGCAAAUUCCUGAAAUACAGAAGGACUCUCUGGACCAGUUUGACUGCAAGCUUCUGAACCCCUCCCUGCAGAAAGUAGCUGACAAGCGACGAAAGGACCAAUUCAAACGCCUCAUUGCCGGUUGCAUUGGGAAGCCCUUGGGAGAGCAGUUCCGAAAAGAAGUUCACAUUAAGAAUCUUCCCUCACUUUUCAAAAAGACAAAACCAAUGCUGGAGACAGAGGUGCUGGGCAAUGAAGGGGGUGGCCUGGCCACCAUCUUUGAACCGUGAAUCAAGCUGUUGGGCAUCUUCCUUCGGCCUUUAUUGUCAUCUCUUCUUCCCCUUCGUAGCUAAUUUCUAGGCCCCUCUUGCACUGCCACCUCACUUUCCACCAUGAUCAGCCUGGAGACAGAUCCAGGUCUGAGAUGGAGAAGAGUGGGCCCUGUGCAGGGCCACAAGUAACUCUACUAAAGUAUCAAGAAAGGGAGUCAGGGCUUUCUGACGAGAUAUUCCAGGUAGUUCUCAUUCUACUUGGAGUUUUGGCUUUUCCAAGAAAAGCUAAAGUAGUAUACCCUCCCACCCCCAUGCAGCCACACACCUGGGCAGAAUGGGAAAUAAGCUGCUGUGCUCAACAGCUGUGACUACCCAGGCUUGCAAGGGAUCAGUCCUUGACCACCUGUGCCAGAGAGUUUCUCCUAGACCACUGCAAGUCCCACUGCCUAACCCUUUGCUUGCUAGGCUGGCAGGGACCCUUCUCCACCCCCAGGGGCAUGUCUGGGUUAGGUGCUAAAUGCUGAAUUGAAUCAGCCAAUGUUCUCAAUUUGGUCUUCAGCAAGAAUCUGUUCACCUGAUGGGAUCCAUGGUACAGGUUACUGGUGAAGUCUGGGCACAGUAUCAAGUAUAAUACCUCUAGGGACCAGGGCUGGGCAAUUUAGUGCUCUAACAUCUUCCCUUUUAGAGUUCACACAUCUUGUCCUUCCAUGAGUGACCCUCAAGGGUUCCCCAGCCUCAGUCUACUCAGGCAUAGGAGCCACAGUACCCUACUCAGUGUCACAGUAUCAUUGUCAUCCAAGGAUAAAAUCCAAACCAACAAGGCUCACAUCAAGUAACUAGCAAAGCCACUGGUCUCCUAGACUAGCUGAGUCCAGGUGCCUUUAAAAAACUCAUGGUCUUUCAGGUUCCUGGUUACUUUUUUCAAGGGCCAUUUCCAAAAGGAAAAAAAAAAAAAAGCCUUCCCAUCACAACCUGUACUGUGUAUCCAUCCUAGAGGUCACUGGAAGCAGAACAUGGAUAUGGGACCUAGCCCUGAGGUUACAGAAGGCAGGCUUGGUCCAUGCAGAAACCAGAAUGUGUGUCCAUGUGCUCCACGAAGAGGCAAACCAGUUCAUCAAGGGUUUCAGUGAGAGGUAGUGGACUGAAGCUACCACUUUUAGCUGGUAUAGGCCACAGACACAGCAAGGUUGGUACGAGGCAAAGCCGCAGAAACAGGACUUGGGAGUCAUGCUGCCGUCUAUGCUGCACAAGUCUGCCCCCUCUUGCGUGGUGCUUGGGGUUCUGUUGAUUGUGAAGGUGAUCUCAAAGAGUAUUUCCCUCCAAACUUGAUACCUGCCUACUCCUAUCUGGUUGGGGCCGUGGAGGGUGUGGUUGUAUGUAUUAUGUAAUGUUCUUAACAUCCUGUGACUUCAUGCUAGAAAUUUUCUAUUGUUUAUAGAGCUUUUUUGUAGAAAUGUUAACUCUAAAGCACAUCUGCAUGUCAGUAAAAGUCAAUUUCAUACAGAAA